UUUAAGUCAAUUGCCUCAGCACAUCCCGCCUCUCAUUCAAAUUACUUUUUUUUUUGGCAAACAUAAUAUCAUAAUGCGCUUUUGUUCUUCGUAGAGUACAUCAAUCCGAUAAUCCACAAUGGCAACCACUAUCCACGAAACACCAGAGUGGGAGACUCCAACACCGAAACAAUCUUUCCUCAGCAAACAUAAUCCCUUCUCAAAACCGAAAUCGAUACUUCCGACCACGAAAGAGGGAUCUUCGGAUUCAUUCGGUAAUGCGGUUGCGACAGGAACCUCUGGAAAGCCUACAUUCACUGAGAGAUUCAACCGUGUGUUGCCUGGAAAUCGCACAUACUUUGGAAGGAGUCGCAAAGUAUUCUUGUUGAUUGUAGGAGGAAUAAUCACAUUAUUACUCGCGUUGAUUCUUGGAUUGGGACUUGGUCUUGGGCUGAAGCACUCAUCGUAUGUGAAUUUAACAAUUUAAUAUUGAUCAAUUGCUCAUCAUUCUUCAAUUCUGCGAGUGUAUGAAUUCGACUUGCGCAACAAAUCAAUUUGUGCUACUUCCACUGUACAAUUGGUCGAAAUCAAGUACUAAUCUGCAAAUAAAGGUCGAAAGCACUCCCUCUUCCUUCAAAUGGUGGAAUAUUCACAGGAGAUCUCACAUAUUACGCACCAGGUCUCGGCGCAUGUGGGAUUACAUCCUCGUCUACUGAAUCCAUUUGCGCCGUAUCCCACAUCAUCUUUGAUGCCGCUUCAACCAGUUCAAACCCCAAUUCCAAUCCUCUCUGCGGAAGAAAGAUCAGGAUAACUCGACAGAAAGAUUCGGGCGCAGGGAAUAAUACAGUCGAUGUAACGGUUGUAGAUAGAUGUGUUGGAUGCAAAGCCGAAGAUUUGGAUUUAAGCAUAACGAUUUUCGAAAAAUUGGCGCUGGAAGCAGAGGGUAGAGUUACUGGAAGCUGGGCCUGGUUACAGUGAGCUGCAAUACAGGACAGGACAACUUUUAAGCGGUGGCAUUUAAUAUUAAGAUACCCCGGGACUUUUUCUUCUUUUGGGCAGGGCUUGGUAUAUGAUCCAGCAUGGAUUGUGGUUUAAUUAAUUUGGCAAGGGAGAUACCCUUGGGUUUUGGUAUGAUUUGGAUCAGACUUUUUUGAUCAGAUAAACGGUUACAUAAUGAUGUGAAUGUUCGAUUUUCUCAAUAUUUCAAGUCCUGUUGGAAUCACUCGAAUAUGAAGCAAUAGUUUUGCCAGCCUCUGAUUAAGAGGGAAUUCAGUUAUUCACCCUCGUAUCUGUGUUGUCG